AAACCGACCUAUUCCCCAAGUCGUGUCUCCAGCCCAAAUCUCUCUAAUCUUCCAACCUCUUCCGCAAACCCUACCCUUUUUUUUGGGACCCCGUUCUCACUCGCAGACUCCGAAGAAAAAUUCUAUUUCUUUUCUUUCAAUUCGUGCCUUUCCCUUUCAAUCUGAGGCGUAUGCGAUUUAUUUCCGGGAUCUGGGUUUUAAUUCCUAUUCCUCUUCAAUCGUGGUUCCUGUGAUUCAAUCAACCCGUGCGGGGCUAUGGCGAACGGUAAGGAUUCCGACGAGUUCCUGGUGUUAUCGAGGGUCCGGACGGGGCUGAAGAGGGAGUUCGCAUUCGCUAUGAAGGCUCAAUCCGAGAUCUGUGGAUCUCUUGGACGGACCCGUGCCAGCAAAAACAAGAAUGGGGUUCAAGAUAGUCCCAGCAACAAGAGGUCCAAGAAAUCUGGUUCGUCUAGGGCUAAGAGAGAUGAACAGAAUGGUGCGAAGCCGGUGCCGGAGGAUGUUGUUGAACCCAUUGUGUUGGAAGAUGUCAAGGGAAAGGAGGUAAAGGCUGUAGAGGAUAUGGAGGAUGUCAUGAGCGAGGAGGAGGCAAAAAGCGAUGUGGUGGAUCUAUCGGGUGACGACGAACCCAAGAACCUGGUGGGUGAGCCGACGGGCAAGAGGGAACCCAUGGGUGAGGCUUCAGUGCCCAUCUGUGAUGAAGAGCCCAAGGGCGAUGAUGUAGAAACCGUAAGCGACGAUGAGCCGAAAAGUACUCCAGUGUCAGAACCACUGAAGGAAGUAACAAUGGAUGAUAUAGUGCAACCCAUUUGUCAACCCGAGCCCAAGGAACAUCAAACGAAUGAAGACGAUUUACAGAAGUCUUUAACGACUGAGAACUUAAGCGGGGGAGAGUCAUGUUCUCCAGAAGAAAAGGAGGUCAUUGUGACUGCUCCUGUUACGCUUAAUGAUGACAAUAGGGUGAAGGCAAUGAUAGGGGGGCCAACGAGGCGGUUUACGCGGUCGGCUCUGAGACAACAGCAAGAUGAUUCGAAGCUCUACAAUGAUGGGAAAGAAGCUUGUGAUAGAGCCAUUAGAUUUGGUGAUGUUAAGAUGGAAAGUGAGGAUGCUUCAUUAAUCACUACGCCAACUCAAACAAAAAUGUCGAAGAAUAGUGCCUCGAAGAAGUUCCCGACGAAGCUAAAGGACCUACUAGCUACGGGGAUCCUUGAAGGACUACCAGUAAAAUAUGUUCGGGGAGUGAAGGCACGAAGGCCUGGAGAUACAGGGCUCCGAGGAGAGAUUAGAGGCUCAGGGAUUUUGUGCUAUUGCGAAGUUUGUAACGGGGUUGAGGUUGUAACACCCACGGUGUUUGAGCUGCAUGCUGGUAGUGCAAACAAACGCCCCCCUGAGUACAUAUACCUUGAGAAUGGGAAUACGCUCCGUGAUGUCAUGAAUACAUGUUCGAGCGUUGCAAGGGAUGUUUUGGAGGAAUCAGUGCAGAAAAUCCUUGGGGGCUUCAGCUUUAAGAAAUCUGCAACCUGUUUGAAGUGCAGAGCGGCCAUAUCUCAAGAUGGCAAGGGAUGCUCAAGACUCCUUUGCGAUAGAUGCGUGGUCCUAAAGGAGCCUCAACCUAGCCCUAUUCAAGUAACUGAGGCUAGCAAUUCCUGUUCUUCACCUGCGGUUACUCUCAGAUAUUCCAACUAUCCCAGGUCUCCAGAACCGGUUGCUGUUCCUUCGACGUUAAACAGUGGGAUGAAGCACACAGCUUCUCGAGGCAAGAGUCAGGGAAGAAUAACUAGGAAGGAUUUGCGGUUGCACAAAUUGGUUUUUGAGGAAGAUGUGUUGCCAGAUGGGACUGAAGUUGCCUACUAUGCUCGUGGACAGAAACUGUUGGUGGGCUACAAAAAGGGGUUUGGAAUUGUUUGUAGUUGCUGUGACUCUGAGGUAAGCCCCUCACAAUUUGAAGCUCAUGCUGGCUGGGCAUCGCGACGCAAGCCUUAUCUGCACAUAUACACAUCCAAUGGAGUCUCUCUCCACGAAUUGUCCCUUUCUCUAUCAAAAGGCCGGAGGUUUUCCACCAAUGAAAAUGAUGACCUCUGCAGCAUCUGCUCAGAUGGAGGGAGUCUUCUGUGUUGUGACGGAUGCCCAAGGGCUUUUCACAUAGACUGUGUUCCUCUGCCAUACAUUCCGACUGGCACUUGGUAUUGUAAAUAUUGCCAGAACCUGUUCCAGAAGGACAGAUAUGUGGAGCAUAACAUGAAUGCAUUGGCAGCAGGAAGGAUUGCGGGGGUUGAUCCUUUAGAACAGAUAAACCAAAGAUGCAUUCGCAUUGUCAAAACUGUAGAGGUUGACCAUGGUGGAUGUGCAUUAUGCAGAAGCCAUGAUUUCAGCAAAAACUUUGGUCCUCGAACAGUGAUUAUAUGUGAUCAGUGUGAAAGGGAAUAUCAUGUAGGCUGUUUGAAGGAGCAUAACAUGCAGAACUUAGAGGAAUUGCCUGAAGGAAAUUGGUUCUGCUGCACUGAUUGCAGUCGGAUUCAUUCUGCUCUGCUUAAUCUGGUCUCUUGUGGGGCAGAGAAUCUUCCGGAUUCUCUAUUAAGUAUGAUACAAAAGAAGCAUGAAGAAAAGGGCCUGGAAAAUGGGGAUGGUCUAGAUAUAAAAUGGAGAAUCUUAAACUGGAAACUGGCUGCUUCUGAUGAAACUAGGCAACUGCUUUCGAAGGCUGUUGCAAUUUUCCAUGAGCGGUUUGAUCCAAUAGUUGAUUCGACUUCAGGCCGUGAUUUCAUUCCAACAAUGCUCUAUGGGAGGAACAUCAGGGGUCAGGAUUUUGGUGGGAUGUAUUGUGCAGUGCUAACAGUGAAUAAAGUGGUUGUUUCUGCUGGCAUAUUUCGUAUAUUUGGGGCAGAGGUGGCAGAGCUUCCCUUAGUGGCAACAAUUGCAGAUUGCCAAGGACAGGGUUACUUCCAGUCUUUGUUUUCGUGCAUUGAAAGGCUGCUGGGAUCUUUGAAUGUGAAACAGUUCGUCCUACCAGCUGCUGAAGAAGCGGAAUCUAUAUGGACGAGUAAAUUCGGUUUUACGAAGCUAGAACAAGAUGAGGUAAACAUUUACAAGAGAUAUUAUCACAUGAUGAUAUUUCAAGGGACCUCAGUGCUGAGGAAGUCAGUUCCGGCACCACCCGAAUUGUGUGCCAAUGCGGUGUAAAUGAGGAAAAUUUUGUGGGGGGCUUUCGAGCACUGUCCUUUUCAUCUUUUUGUUUUUUACCCGGGUGCUUAACGCAUUUCAUUUUACUGCAUGUACAGGGGGGGAUUUAUCUUUUUUCGGUGUACAGAUGAAACAGGCAAAUACACCUCUAGCUGUAAUGAUAUUUUUUGUAGCACAGAAAUGGAGGAGGAUAGAAUUGGGAGAUAGAGGAAGCUAGGACAACGCAACUUCAAAUUAAAAUGGAAAAAAGUCGUUUAAAGUUUUCUAUGGCUGUUUUCUUUUUUAUUUGAAUAGAAUGAUGUGUAUUUAAGGUA